CGCAUUUCCAAACACUGCUCCUUCAUCAUUCGUGAGCAUCACAACAAGAUCGUGAACUUAGCAGAUCGGCCUACCAUGGAAGACUGGCAUCGGAAAUACAUGCUUGCGGAGAGCGACAGCUUCCAUGUCGAGAUGCUGGGGGUGGGAUACUCGGAGCUGAUCCGUGAUCUCGAAUCCGACCAGCUUGACACCGACGCAAUUGAGCGCCGCGUCCAGCAGCUGGCCAACAAGGCCGAUAUCUCAAAGGGAUUUUGCGCAAGUUGCCGCAAUCUAUUUAAUCACUGGCCUGCCCUCGAUGAAAAGGAAUGGGACUCUGCUGUUCUGAGAUACUUCAACACAGAGGAGUUAGAAGCCUUCUCCCGCGCCGGAUGCAAGUUCUGCGCCUUCAUCAUGGGCAGGUUCCAGCACCACGAGGGACUCCUUGAUAAAUUCCGCAAGAUUGAGGCAAGAUUCGCUGAGGAGGACGAACCUGCCAGGUGUUCGUUGGCUGUUCAGAAUGUCGGGGAAGGGAUUGGAGAGAACGCGACGAGUCAGGCGCUCUGGGUGAACCUGCCUGGCAAAGAAGUCUCACACUGCAACUACGCUUGUGACCAAGAGCUGGCUGAUUUUGUAUCUGAAGUUCUUCCCAAAGAUGCCAAACUUUGGGACGAAGAUAUUGAGUCCUUAGACCUCGUCAAAACGUGGCUCUCUGACUGUGAUGAGACUCACCAAAAGGAGUGUAGCAGCCGAAAGCUGCAGGAUGGGCCAGGCCGAUUGAUUUCGAUCCAGGCCGACCCCAUCAAGUUGGUCGAGACGGCAUCGCUAGAAAGCCUUCCCCAGUAUGCUACUCUGACGUACUGCUGGGGAAAAGCCGCCUUUUUCAAAUUGACACAAGACACAUAUGCCGAGUUUCUGGCCGGCGUUUCGCUUGACCGCCUGCCACAAACAUUCCAAGACGCCGUCAUAGUUGCAAGACGCCUGGGAUUAUCACACAUUUGGAUCGAUGCCCUCUGUAUCAUACAAGAGGAGCCUGGCAAGGCGGAUUGGCUGAAAGAAUCUGGUCGAAUGAGGUCAGUGUACGGUGGCUCACAUGUUACCCUUGCAGCAAGUUCGGCGACCGAUGUCCAUCAAGGCUUCCUAGCAUCUGCAUUGUCCCCCAAGUACCAAGGUGGCUUCUAUGCGCAGGUAUCCACCGACAAGUACACCAGAAAGCAGAACUUUCACAGCGCCGGAGUAUUUUUCGAAUCUAUUCUGCAGACCCCCCUGGCUGAGCGUGCUUGGGCUCUUGGAGAGAGACUUCUUUCGCGUCGCACCGUCCAGUUCAGUGAAUACGGCGUCUUUUGGCAGUGCCAUGCUACAUCCCGAUCCGAGUUUAUCCCCGGCGGGUUUGGGGGGCACCCAGGGCCGACUCUCAUGUUUGCGGAUGAAGAGCCGCUGCCAUGGAUGGACGUCAUGUGCCAGUACUCUGAGGCUAAGCUCACAUAUGCAUCUGAUCGACUGCCCGCGUUAUCUGGUAUUGCAGCACGCCAGCGCGAGAUCACCGGAGAUAAAUACUUGGCGGGUUUGUGGGAGCAAGAUUUGGUCCCCUCUCUGCUGUGGUUUAGCCUGGAUGCUACUGAAAUGAAGGAGCGGCGUUCACCCAGCUGGACCUGGGCUUCCAUCGAUGGACCAUGCAGCGUCAAGGAAUUCACUAAGAAGGGCGGAAAGCCGCAAGCAAGACUUUUGGAAUCGUGGACGAAGCUCCUUGGACCAGACCCCUUUGGCGCAGUCACGGACGGUGGAAUUACACUGGCCUGCCAGUCUCUUAUACCAGCCACACUCGACCGUGAGGGGCCACAGAGCCUUGAUACCGGGUCCGACUCCCCCGAGGUACCUGAAACCAAGAAGGUGCCCUCGGUUACGAUCCAGGAAUCUAGUCUCCUACCAUUUCCGGUAAAGUUGGAUUGUAUUGAACAAGAAGCAGCCAGGAAUGAGUCCGUGUACCUCCUUCCUGUCAUGGCCGGUCGUGUGUCUAUGUAUGUCGAUGAAGCCGAAGAGAUGAAGUGCGAGGACCCACACGUCGAGUAUGCUGGCCUUGUUCUUAGGUCUGUUGACAACAUGCCUGGCCAUUUUGUCCGUCUUGGUCUCUUUGGAUUUUCAAACCAACCGUGGGAGCCUGGAGUGGCGGGGAGAGAUCUGUAUGCUGAUUUCAGUAGUGCCCUGGAGGAACGGGGUGAGGAGACAGCCAAGUCGGUUUGCUUGGAGAUCAACGAGGAUGCAGACUAUCCGAAGCAGCGAUUUGUGAUCAAGAUCAAGUGA